AUGAAAAGUAACUUUCCGAGCAAGUUUUAUUCUCCCGAUACCAUCUGGCUCUUUGGAAAAAAUCAAGAUGGACAAUUAAUCACAGAUGAAGGUAGAUCUGCCGUUGCUGAUCGUACGAACAAUGUAAAAAUAACUCCGAUAAGCGAACAUCAACUGUUUCCGUAUGGGGAUAAAUUAAAGUGGAUCGGAGCAGGAGAUCACUUUACUAUUUUUGUUACACGUUCCAAUGUUGUCUAUGGAGCAGGACAAAACACAAGCGGUCAACUUGGUUUGGAUCACAAUCGACAAUUAGAGGAGAAAAUUGUGAGAAUUACAUUUUUUGAUCACAAAAAUAUUGCCUACAUUUCGUGUGGAGCUUAUUUUACAUAUUAUUUGGAAGAAGUUGGAAAUAGUCAAAUUAUUUAUGUUUGUGGAAAGAAUACAAGUGGACAAUUAGGACUUGGAGAAAGGCAGCGAUCUCGAGAUCGUAUUGAAAAAAUUGUUUGUGGAUACGAAAGCACAUUGUUACUAACAAAACAAGGACAUUUAUAUGGAUGUGGUAGUAAUGGAACGAAUCAAUUAGGAACAUUUCCAGGUAGUGAAGAAGACUCAAUUUCAUCGUUUACUCACUGUAUUUAUGAACUCCUUCCCAAUGAGAAAAUUAUCGACGUUUCCCUAGGCACGAGUUAUGUUUUAAUCUUGACAGAUCAUGGAAAUGUGCUGACCAAUAAUAUAACGCAACAACCAUACACCAAAAUAGGAACCUCACUUUGUGCUCCCUUCUCGAAAAUUCAUUUUGGAGCUUCGAUAUGUUUUUUACAAAUUUCAAAAAACCAUCCUGAUCAUUCUCUGGCUGGACGGGUGAUGAGCUUUACUGAAGAGUACGCGAGCGAAAGAGCACUCGAAGAAAUGUUUUACUCUCUAGAUGACAAGACCAUUAAUUCACAAGAUUUUGAUUUGGAAUCGAUCAGUGGGUUAACGGGCUUCUUUUUCAUCUCGAAAGAUUACAAGGUGUAUUGCUUGGGAACCAAUGAAUCGAACGAGUGUGGUCUAGAUUCACUUGAAAUUGGUAGUGUGACAGAGCCAAUGCGACACUUGGUACUGGAAGAUAUCAUCACUCGUACGCUCUCGUUUUCAAAGCAACACAUGAAGCCCACGAUUGUCUGUGGAUAUUCUCACUCCAUUCUUUAUUUCUCUUCACAGGAAACUAGAGAUUAUAGACUCUUCUUUGGAAAUUUGGAAAAACAUGCAUCACAUAGAACGGCACUAAGUGACAUUAGUUUUGUGUUUUUAGACUAG